GGCGCAGCGCACGGAGCCGGAUGGGAGAGCGAUGGAUGUGCAACUAGCACCCCGGAGAGCCUGGGACGACUUCUUCCCCGGCUUCGAGCGCUUCGCCUGGCCGGAUUUCAAAGACGUGUCCAAAUGGAACAACCGGGUGGUCAGCAACCUGCUCUAUUACCAGACCAAUUACCUGCUGCUGGCGGCCGUGGUCAUCUCCAUCGUGGGAUUUCUGAGCCCACUGAACAUGAUCCUUGGUGGCACCGUAGUAGUGCUGGUGUUCACAGGUUUUGUGUGGGCAUCACACAACAAAGACAUCCUUCGCAAGUUCAAGAAGCAGUACCCAACUGUGUUUGUGGUAGCCAUCCUGCUGUCUAGUUACUUCUUGAUAUCCUAUUUUGGAGGUGUCAUGGUGUUCAUAUUUGGGAUAACAUUUCCUCUACUGUUGAUAUUUAUCCAUGCGUCUCUGAGGCUUCGGAGCAUAAAGAACAAGCUGGAGAAUAAAAUGGAAGUAAUAGGUUUGAAGAAGACCCCUAUGGGCAUAGUACUUGAUGCCCUUGAUCAGCAGGAAGAGAACAUCAACAAACUGGCUGAUUACAUCGCUAAAGUGAAGGAAUAAGGGGCACAUAAUAUGGCUCUUAUCUGUUGCAGGAAUUUAGUUGCUAUUUACUCUUGUCAAAGCUUGCUUUCAAUUUGUCUGUGAGAUGCACGUACUGUACAGAUUGACAAUGGCAAGAUACAGGUAUACAAAGUUAUUCAGGGCUCCUCUAAGACUGGGGAGGAGAGAGUCACCUUUCUAUAAUAUGAUAAAAUGUCUUCCUGUUAGUGCAUAUGUGUGUAAUGGUUUAAAGCACUUGUUUUCUGGCAGGGGAGGUGGGGGAGAAACAAACAUGAAUUGCAGCCUCUGAACCUGUUCUUGGUAGCCAGUGUCAUGUCUAAGUAUUUAUAAUGCACUUCAUUAGAGGGAUGGUAUGGGGUGGGGGGACUGUUUAGUGCUCUACUGGUUGGCUAACAAUGUCACCAGACAAAAAUCUGUCAAAGUCAGGAUUGGCUGAAUGCUCUGCCAAUACUUUUUUUUUUUUUUUUUUUCAUUUCCUCCCCCUCCCCCGACUUCCCUAAAAGACCCUCUAGGGGGGUGUCAUCUUAACUUACCUUUUCAAGUGGGUUAUAUUCAAGCCAUCUUAUCUGAAGUAGCAAAUGGAAAGAAUACAUUGACUAGAGCGCACAAGUCACUUCACACACUCCUAGUCUGUUCACAAAAUGUAAUAUUUUCUUAUAGCAGGAGAUCAAAGUCUAAAUGGGCAACAUAUGUAAACUAUAUAGCACCCUUGUCCAGCUCUGCCCGCAAUACACCUAUGCAAAUUCGACUGAAUUCCAUAGGAGAGGCACAUGUGUCUCUGAAGGUUAUUAUGAGCCUUAAAUGUCUCUGUGAAAUCGUGGCUCUCUUGAAGUCCAUGGAAGUUGGGUGGUUUUUUGUUUUUUGUUUUUUGUUUUGUUUUUUGUUUUGCCAUUGACUUCAAGAGAGCCACGAUUUCACACUUAUAAGGUGUGGGGUUUUGUGGUUGAUUUCUUUUUUUUUUUUUUUAUGCUUAAAAAAACAAAACUGGACUGUAAGAAUAGCUAGGACACUCUCUUAUUUGGAGUUCUGUUUUUUGAAAAACAAAACUGUCACUUGAGAUUUUAGGACUUGCCUCAUUGUCCAAAUUGUGGUCUGACUCUCUUCCAGUUUAAAGACGACACUGGCUAAAACAUACAUUUUGCUAACUUAUUCCACUUGUGGCUCUGUUCAGGGGAAAUAAGACUAGAUUUCAGACUUAUAAAUAAAAACAAUAAAUUGCAUAUUCUUAGAACCAUUUCCAAAUUCAUGUAAGCAAUUACUUUCAAGAGCUCUUGUUACAAAUCUCUUCAGUAAACUUCAGCUUGACUGCAGUCUGUGCUACCUAAACCAUAUGCAUGGAAAAACGUAUGCAGAUUAACAUAGUGUGUAACUAGCACUCUUGCAUCUCUCCUCCUUUUUAUGAAGUAUUUAUCUGUAACUGACUUGAUUUACAUGGCAGGUAUAGCAGAUACCCAAAAACCUCUUCAAAGUUCAUGUAUAUAGACAUGUGCGUGUGCACACAUACGGUGUCUCUUCAAAAUGAAUUGUUUAGGAGUCUGAACACCUCAUUCCAUGCAAAUGUUCCAGAGUGAUCAGUAUUUAUUGGAAGUUUGUCUUUACGUGUAUAUUCCAGGGUAAGAAGCAAUGCCCUGCUCCUUUAUUGUAGUACCUUGUCUUAGCUUUUGAUGAGUAGUUCUUGCUACACUUACAGAAGAGAUACUAGCCUAUGACUUCAUGAAUAUAUGGUUACACUGUAGAAUUUUAAAAAUGAGUUAUGAAGAAUAAACUUUAACAAUUGAUAAAA